AUGCCAUUUUGUUUGUCUCCUUCGCGAACUUUGGAGGUCGCGCUCGAUGUCGACGAUCUUCUAGAAGGCAUAUCUCCUUCGAUAAUUGACUUUCAUGUUUGUUCUUGUGGAACCCUAUGUACCGGAGACAAAAUUCCAAAGUUUGGGAUGUCGUUUGUUUCUAAAAAUGACCUUCGAGAAUUUUAUAGAUUGUAUGCAAAAUCAAUGGGUUUUGGAGUCCGAAAGUUGGGAACAAGGAAUGGACCAGAUGGCAAACAAAAUUUUUUCUCUGUUGGAUGUGCAAAGAGUGGUUCGUUUACGCCAAGGGGGAAGAAUAUAUUUCAACUUAAACCUUUUACCAAAACCGAUUGUAAGGCCAGGAUCAACAUUGUUGUGAGGAAUGAUUUUGAUUUUCAGAUUAGUAGUGUCAUUCUUCAGCAUAAUCAUCCCUUAAGUCCUUCAAAUUCUAGACAUAUUAGAUCUCACAAGGUUUUAGAUCCAAGUGCGCAGAGAAGAUUGCAAUUAAACGAUGAAGCUGUAAUAACAUUGGCUAAAAGUUUCCAAUCAAUUGUAGUUGAAGCUGGAGGGUAUGAUAAUUUGAAAUUUGAUGAGAGAACAUGUCGAAAUUUUAUCUCAGAAGCUAGGAGGUCGAGUUUAGGAAAUGACGAUGCUGAAGCUGUUUCUCAUUAUUUCUCCCAGAUGCAAAACAAAUGUUUAAAUUUUCAUUACACCUCUGAUCUUGACGAGGACUCACAGAUGAGGAAUGUUUUCUAG